GGUAAUCACGUGAUCUGCGUUACCAAGUAGGUUGCUCCUGUGUGUACAUUUCGUGGAGACUACAGCUGAUGACAAGAUGUCCGACGUUGCUGACGACGAAGAGAGUCGAUCUGCCAAUGGUCAGAGUGAUUCCCCAGAUGUGACUAACCCACAGUUUUCUCCGGACGUUCAGCGACUAACUGACGGCUUAUUGGGCACAUUCCUUCCUGCAAUUGAUAUGAUAAGAGAUAAACUCAAAGAGCUUGACGAACACCAAGGCAAAACAACGGAAAAUGUUAACAAAGCAAUUUCUCGAUUUGAGGACCCGGAUUCGACUCAAAAACUGAUGGCUGUGGUAGCUCAAGUGCCUCAUUAUCGUAUUAAGCUGGAGGGUAUACGACGAGAGAUGCUUCAGCUGCAUGAGAGAACGAAGAAACUGAAGAAACGAGCGAAGAAACUGCGAGAACAGAGGAAGAGCGAUGAUGCGGCUCGAAAAGUUGCACAGGAACGAGAGAGGGAGAGAGACAAGCUAAUUGAAGCCAAAGUUGCUACAAAUAGAGAUCUGGAAAAAUAGAUGAUAUAGCAGUGUUACUGAAAUUUGUUCGUAAUUUUGUGUAACUGUUGGUAGAGAUGAUGUAUUCUUUUGUUGAUUGCGGACGUCAUCAAAAGAGCGUGUUUAUUUCUUAAGUUAUUACAAAGAGAUGGCACACC